UGAAUACCUUCAUUUGAUUCUCUUGAGGGCUCAUUCAAGGGCUCAGUUACUUUCAUAGGCCCUUCUCACAUCCCAUAGAGGUGGGAUUGUCUUUAAAAUGUCGGACAAUAAGAUCUACCAGGCCAGCACGACGGCCCCAGUCAACAUCGCCGUUGUCAAAUACUGGGGAAAACGCGAUGCAAAGCUGAACCUCCCAACCAACUCCUCCGUCUCUGUAACCCUCUCCCAAUCCGACCUCCGAACCCAUACAACAGCAGCAUGCUCCGCGGCCUUCGGGCCCGAGGACACGCUCCUCCUCAACUCCUCCCCUCAAGAUGUCUCUGGCGCACGCACCCAAGCCUGCUUCCGCGAACUGCGCGCGCUCCGCUCCGCCCUCGAAAGUGCCGACCCUUCGCUUCCCAAACUGUCCUCCUUGCCCCUGCGCAUCGUAUCGGAGAACAACUUUCCCACCGCCGCGGGCCUCGCGUCUUCCGCGGCUGGUUUCGCGGCCCUGGUCCGCGCCAUUGCUAAUUUAUAUGAACUGCCCUCGUCGCCGACGGAUCUGUCAAGGAUUGCGAGGCAGGGAAGUGGAAGUGCGUGCCGUAGCUUGUUUGGAGGCUAUGUAGCGUGGCAGAUGGGCAGCAAGGAGGAUGGCUCCGAUAGUGUCGCUGUGGAGGUUGCGCCUGCCAGCCACUGGCCGACGAUGCGGGCUCUGAUUUUGGUUGUGUCGGCGGAGAAGAAGGGUGUGAGCAGUACCUCUGGCAUGCAGAUCACCGUGGCUACGUCGGAGUUGUUCCAGCGGAGGGCGGAGGUCGUGGUCCCGGCGCAUAUGAAGGCUAUGGAGAAGGCAAUCCUGGAGAAGGACUUCGAGACCUUUGCUAAAGUCACGAUGAUGGAGAGUAAUAGCUUCCAUGCUACGUGCCUAGAUACGUUCCCACCCAUCUUCUAUCUGAAUGAUGUGUCGAGGGCGGCCAUUAGAGUGGUGGAGGAUAUCAACAAGAAGGCGGGGAAGACCAUCGCGGCGUACACUUUUGAUGCGGGCCCCAAUGCCGUUAUUUAUUACGAGGAGGAGAAUGCGGACGCUGUCGCUGGGACGUUGAAAUCUGCUCUGGGAGAGCUUGAUGGUUGGCAAGGCAGAGAGAUCAAGGCCCAGAGCACGGAGGGCGUAGAUGCGAGAGCUGUGCAGGUGCUAAAAGAUGGUGUGUCAAGGGUCAUCUUGACCUCAGUUGGGGAGGGUCCCAUCAGAACCGAAGAGUCGUUGAUCACAGCCACUGGUGAGCCUCUGAAGAAGUGAGAGGAUUUCAAGCGUUGCUUUCUCAUGCAUACAAAAGAUAUCCCUGUAACGACUGCUUAAAUUUGUUUGUCUGUUAUUCCAUCGAGCGGAUUUUACCUCCAGAAAUAGCGUUAAUGCAGACAAUCAAGGCAUGUCUGCCGGCAUAGUAUUUAGCAAAACCAGACCUUUAUAAAGGAGAGGUUUCCCAAGAUCCACAGUACCUGAAACC